CCCCUACAGAGGAAAGACAACUCUCCGCCGCAACGGUCAAAAAUAAAAAACACGCGAAAUCGAGUGGAAAACAGAAAUGAUCAUCUGAAAACACGUUUUUUUCUUGGAUUCACUUGGAUAAUUCUUGACAAAUAUCAUCUGAAAAGUGUGCAUUAAUCUAAGCACAUCAUGAGAGACAUUGUUGUGCCAAACAGAUACAAUAAGGAGAAUAAAACACAUCAUGCAGCCGGCACAUCGAGCUCAUCAAGACCUACUCCAACUGAGAAAAGCAACUCUUCUUUAAAUUCGUCUUCAGCCAAAAUCACAAUCGAGAUGAAAACUGCUGUCACUCCAGGCAGAAAAGAUGGGUUUGCCACCCCGAAAAUAACUGUGUCGCAGCACAAGUCAAGUUCAUCGACGUUUCACCAAAAGAAAACACAAGUUUACAGUUCAACUACAGAUUCUUCAACACCAGUUGGAAGCAGCAAAAAUUUAGCCACGCCAAGUUCUGCUUUCAAAACACCAGACUUAGUGAGAUCAAAUUCUGUUAGCCAAAAGAGGAAGUUUUUCAACACUCCCACGUCAACGAAGCAUCCAGACACUCCGAUUCCCAAAAGAACCGCCAACCAAAGUCUUCACGCUUCCAUGACUGAGACAGAGGAAGAGUGUAAUGUUACAGUGGCCGUCAGGGUCCGCCCUUUAAACUCCAAAGAGCGAACUGAAGGCAGCACAAUCAAGACUGGUCAAGAUGGACUUGUGACGAUAGACGGAGCCGACGGUUCUUCCCUCAGUUUCCAAUAUGAGCACUGCUUCGGACCUGAUUCAACGCAGAUGGAGGUCUUCAGGGAUCUGGUGCACCCUUUGCUCACAAAAGCCUUGGAAGGCUACAAUGCUUGCUUGUUUUCCUACGGGCAGACAGGUUCUGGCAAAACCUACAGCAUGAUGGGUGCCGAGGUUGUUAGUGGCUGCAAAGUUAGUCGAGAAGCCGGAAUCAUACCUCGAUUUGGAUUUUCCCUGUUUGAGAAAAUCAACAGAGGUAAAAUGAAUGUAUCCAUCGAAGUGUCAUACUUUGAAAUCUACAACGAGAAAAUCCGUGACCUUCUGAGUGAUGACGCUGGACUGCGACAAGCCAAACCAACCCUCAGGGUGCGAGAACAUCCUCAGUAUGGGCCGUAUGUAGAGAACCUGACCGUGCAGAGCGUCAGCAGUUUCGAAAGUCUUCAAGGAUGGCUGCGCCUCGGUAUCAGCAGAAGGGCCACUGCCGCCUCUGCUAUGAAUGACAAGAGCUCCAGGUCGCACAGCAUUUUCACCAUUACACUGACUCAGGGCCCCAAAAGAAGCAAAGUGCACCUGGUUGACCUGGCUGGAAGUGAGCGACUGGUGAACACCUGCGCCACAGGAGACAGACUCAGAGAAGGAGUGAGGAUAAACACGUCCCUCUUGACUCUGGGCAAGGUCAUCAACGCUUUGGCCGACAAAGCAAAAAAGACGUUUGUCCCAUAUCGAGACUCCAUGCUGACCUGGAUCUUGAGCGAUUCUUUGGGUGGAAGCGCAAGGACGGUGAUGCUGGCCACCGUCAGCCCAUCCAAGUUGUUUGUCGAAGAGACUUUGGCCACUUUGCGCUACGCCUGCCAAGCCAGGACCAUCGUCAACAGACCGCAGGUUCAGCUUCAACAGGGCGCCACCCCACAAAUGCAGCGUCAGCUGCACGAAGAAAUGGAUCGACUGAGGCAAGCUCGCGAAGAGUAUGAAAAGCGCGGCGCCGGCCGUGAGGUGCAAGCGCUUCAAAUGGAGUUGUCCUCGGUGCGGCAGAAGCUGCGGCAAGUGGAGGAGGAGCGUUCGGAGUGGGAGUCCAGGGUCAAGGCCUAUGAUCUUGACCGCUCUCGCCAACUUGCCGAAUUGGCGCGCAAGGGAGUGACCACCAGCGAUAAGCCAGGGUUGAUGUUGUUGACCUCUGACCCUUCCUUAUCACUCCAUUACGCGCUGCCCACCGAGGCCAAGCCGAAAUUGGUGUUCGGCAGUGUCCAGCCCCCAGCAGAUGUUAUCCUCGACUCGCCCCUUGUGGCCGAAAACCACUGCUUGUUGGAGUUGAAAUGUGGCACCUUCUGGCUGACCCCUUGCGAGGGCUGCGAGACUUUUGUCAAUGGAACUUUGGUAACCCAGGAGUUGCCCCUCACAAAUCGGGACAGACUCGCUCUCGGAGGUGACGUGUUCCUUCUUUUGAAUCUUGACAACUUCAAUGAGUCUGAAACUGGCACUAAUGCCCCUCUUGUGGACUACGAGUUUGCUCGCAUGGAGUUGAGCUUGGCCCAAAAUGCGAGACUCAACAUGGAACUAACCUCGGCCAAACAGAAGGCGCUUAUGGAACUGGAGGCCAAGAAGGCAGAGCUGGAAAAACUUGGAGCAUCAAAAGAUGCUGCUGAGGCAGAACUGGAGCUGAUGAGAGCUGAUCAGCAAAAAUUGGCUGCCGCUUUGAGGGCCGAGAUCGAAGCUGAGAAGAGACGAAUGGAGCUUGCUAUGGCCCCGCUCGACAUCAGUAUUGCACCUUCGUAUGAUUCAAACUUCAUUCAGGAGUUGAAAAGUCUUGAGCAAGCUUCAACGGCGCCGUCUGGCAUCGGUCUGCAUGAAAUGCACUGCUUGGUUAAAGAGGCAACUCAGCGCUGCAAACAAUUAGGCCUACCAUAUAGGUUCACUCAGGCCCAAAAAGUGAACUCUGGAGGCAGUUCAAACCAAUCAGCGUUGCAACCUUGCGUAAAAAUCCGUGGAAAGGGAAGACUUUCUACUGUGUGCACAAAUGACCAAUUUAUGGAUGUUCUGGACACUAUUAGAGAUUGCGAAGGCGAGGUUUCCACUGCCACUGAUCAGCUAGAAAAUGGUUGUCUCUUGGAAUGGUGUGAGGACGAAAAUGACUCUUCAUCGUCUGAGAAUAGCAUUUUAGUUGACAUGGCUCCAUUCCGACGCCCGAAUUCCACUCCAGCAACUACAAUUGAUCCCGAAAAAUGCUUUGCUGUCAUGCAAGAAACUCUGAAGCAGCUCCAAGGCGUCACUUUCAAGCACCCGAAUGCCAGUACUUAUCUGAAGAAUGUCUCUGACUUGUUGUGCCAAUUGGAAAGGGCGUACUUGCACCCGGAGUUUGACUCGUUCCAGUCAGAAAUUUCUAGUGUCCACAGCGAGAAGUCAAAUGACACGGCCAAGUCUGACUCGUGGCUGAGCGAGGCUCUCGACAGACUUCGAAACACCUCGGUGGCGUCCUCAAUCGCAUCAUCAGCAGCGUCCACCUCCACCAUUCUUUACUCGCCACCCUCAAUUUCCGCAGUGCCCAUGAAGUCCAACAUCAGACAGCCUUUGGCAGAUUCGCCUAGCAAGGAAGUCCGGUUCCACAUCAAGUUGAGCAGAAAGCGAAAAAGCGACCCGAAAGAUAAGUGACUAGAGUAAUUUGCUCAAACCUUGAAAUCUUGCCUUUACGAUUGUGCCUUAACAUAAUUUUUCAAAACUAACCUGUACAUAUAUAAAAUGUACUUACGCAUUUAAAUUAUUUUCCCGUAUUUUUUAAUUAACAGACAAUAUGCGACAGGCAUGUUUGAUAAAUAAAAUUGAUCUGCAUUGGAGUUUUCAACAAUAAAUAUGUAAUUUAUUUGUACAAAAUAAAUAAUGAUAAUGUUAGGGGGAUUGAAAAACUGUGCUCGGAUAUGCCACUGUAGCACACAAUUUCAUUGUUGUGUGGUCAUCCAUUGGCUUGGAAGAAAAGUGUUAGUGCCAAAUAAAUUCUUUGAAGUAUCAAUUCCAUCAAAAUAUUUGAGCAUCUUCUGCGCUCUCUUGCCACUCUGGAGACUCUCCGAACGAGACUUUUUGCGUCUGACAAAGAAGUCAAUCAAAGAGGCGGUUCGGUCGGACAACGAACGUCUACUAGAGGACGCAAAGGAAGAUCGGUCGCUCGAACCAAGGCCUGAAAUAUUCAUAAAUCCUAAUGAGAGACCGAUUAAAGACGCUAAAAAUUAUUUAUAAUUAAAUAUAUGUUUACACAUUGCAAACUUGAUUUUAGGCAGCAAAAAU